UGGAGAAAAUCAAUAUUUAUGUAGGUAAUCAAUAUGGCCUACGUAUAUAAUACACAAUACACCACAUACAGCCACCCACUCACACCUACACGCUCACACACAAUCGCCCACACACCUUUACUCAUAAAAAUCAGCACACAUACACACCCUCUGUUAUAAUCACUCGCCCACACAAACACACAUACACACAUACACACAUACACACAUGUAUGCCUGGUUGAUAGUGUUUGUGAUUGUAAGCAGCUAUUCACACGAAGUUUUUCCUUUACUCCCCGUUGUUGUCAUUUAGUCCUAGUUGAAAUAUUCUUCACGCAGUCCACUGAUCUAAUGCGUUCCACGCGUGACUAUCCGAUCUUGUUAUGACUAUAUAGAGCUACAUCAACCGAUGUUUUUCUCCUUUUUUUUUCUAUUGUUUAUUAUGGUAGGCUGUGAUUUGGAUAAAAAACAAAAAAAACAAAAACAAAAUAACAGCUAUAGUUGGAACGACGGUUCAGAGACUCUCUUGCCGACCCAUACAGUCAUCAUUUGUUUUUAAUGACAUGGGAACAUGCAACACCAGGAAACUAGCGGCAGCAAAAAGAUGGAACUUAAGAUUUUAAAAGUUCGUCUGCACUUUGAGUAAACAAAGAACCACGUUGGCUAGGAACAAGCGCAGAACUAUUCGUAUAUCAGUACAAUCAUUAAGUUGAUAGAAAGAGUCAGGAAUGUGUUGAGAUCCAAUUACACCUAAAUUACCAAAGCAUCUAUGCCAUUGCUGACUUGUGCUGAUAUGCAAAAGUAACACGGAUUUUCUAGAACUAUUUGUGCCAUCCUCAAAGAAAUUUGAAUAAAGUAUUUUGUACAAGCGAAAUGGAGAUCAAGUGACUUACCCGGACUUUACAUGUUACCAGACAGUCAGACCAGCUUUAUUUGCUGCUAUGACGUCAUCGGCAACUAUUACCACUGAACGGAUAUUCAAUCAGACUAUGAAAGUUCCAUUUCACUUCAGCAUCAACGAUGCCAAGACAAUUCUACAGCAAGAAGCAGAAUCAAAAUGGUUUACUCCUACAGCUGAAAUGUUCUUCAUUUUUUCCUAUUCUGUUCUAAUAUGUUUUGGCUCAGUUGGCAAUGCCUUGGUCUGCUACAUUGUGAUGCGUAGCCCAGGGAUGCGAACAGCCCGUAACAUGUUCAUCUUUAAUCUGGCAAUAUCAGAUUUAAGUCUAUGUUUAUUUACACAGUCCUUGAAUUUAUACCGUACAUUGAAUAACCAGUGGAAGCUUGGUGCUUUCAUGUGUAAAUUUGGUUCUUUAUUCCAGGGAAUUAAUAUAUUUGUGUCCACCAGCAGCAUUAUGGCCAUUGCUCUGUAUCGUUUCCAAGUAAUUGUACAUCCGACAAUUUCUGGCGUACGGUGGCGCUUAAGAGUUACAGUUGCACUUGUUGCGAUAUGGGUGGUGUCAUUUUUGUUAGCCAGUCCGCUGUUAGUGUUCACUAUUCACAAAUCUUCUCAACCAAUAGAACAAGUAGAUAUAUACCUUUAUCAUUGCAUUGAAGAUGUGAGAUUAAGACUUGAAAAGGGUGCAUAUUCCGUGGCUUCACUGAUAUUUCAGUAUCUCGGCCCAGGCAUUAUAGUCAUUUUAGCACACACAAAGAUUUUCAGCAAGCUAAAUUACCGUAUUGUUAAUCGAAGUCAGAUGACUCCAGCUCUACACAAUACGUGUGGUUAUAAAUCUCAGGAGCGAAAAGCUAAACGAAAAAGAAAAACUAAAAUUUUACUAACAACUAUAGCCGUUGUAUUUGCCUUGAGUUGGUUACCUCUAAAUGUAUUCAACAUUCUUAUUGACUUUAAAGGAUCAGCUUUUAUACACAAAAACAUUGACGUCAAUUUGACGUUUGGAAUAUGUCAUUUGCUUGUACUCAGCUCCGCUUGUACGAACCCGGUAUUAUAUGGCUGGUUGAAUGAAAAUUUUCGCCGAGAAUUUUUCAGUAUUUUAUCCUGUUGUAUUUGCGCAUCAAAUUUAAGAAAACGGUUACGUUCUCUAAGAGCAACCACGCGGGUUGAUGAUGAUCAUGAGAUUGCUGUUUACCAGCAGUCGGAUUACCCGGGUGAACAGUCGAAUCCAAAAGAUCGAUAUCUUCACAAGUCUUUACCAGUUGAAAUAGGAACUCCUGCGACAUAUCAAGUAACAGCAUCUGUAGCGAUAAAAAUCGUACUUCAUAAAUGAAGAAAUAAUUCACAGAAUAUUUGGAUUGUUUCACUCAUUGAAAUCAAUUAAAACCGCACAGUAAUGGAAAAUAUAAAUGUAACUCUCUUUCAAUUCAGGCAUAAAGUAUAUAUACAUACUUUAAUUCCGAGAGAAUAAAAUUUAUUAUUUGCUGUCGUCUAAUAGACUAUCACGACAUUUUUUUCUUUCUUGGCCUCGAUCAUAUUGUUCAUAAACUUUCUUCUUUAUGUUAACUGUAAAAAUUUAUUUGUAAACCAAGAUUUUCCCCUCAAAAUUAAAACCCAAGAGUGUAUUUAUUUUCAUUUCAUGUAUUUGUUUUUUUUUCUUUUGUGAAACUAUGUUCGUACAAUUAUAAAAAAAUGUAAAUAUACAACACCUGUAUGCAUGUGUCCAUGCAAGACGUAAAUAAAAGUAUAUUAACAUUUCAAA